UUCACUUAUUCUAUAAAAAAAACAUAAGCAUAUUCCAAGUUCAAUCAUUGUACAAAAUGUACCACAUUUUUCAUGCUUGCCAUCCCACACCACAUUUUGCAUCUACUACCAACUCCAUUUGUGGUUUCAAAAACUACACGAGGUCUUAUCAACACUUGGUACCAACAACUUCAUCUUCUUGUGCUUCUGAAUCUCUCACUUCUCACUGACCAGAGAGAGAGAUCAUACACAAUCACUCUCAUUCAAACGACAGCAUAUCAUAGUCCAUUGCUCUUAUUAAAUAUUGAUAUGUCCUUACGUCCUAACUAGAUUAACAAACUCCAAAACCCACAAAAGAAUAUGGAGAUUUCAAGUCCUCUAACGCUUUCAUUUCUUCUCUUAGUAUUUCUUCCAUGUUUUGCUACUUCAGAUUCUGUGGAUGAAACCUUUCUCCAAUGCCUAAUAAACCAUUCUCUGCCUUCUCAACCAAUCUCCAAUGCAAUUUACACUCCAAACAACUCUUCCUACUCAUUUGUUCUACAAUCCUACAUCAGAAAUCUCCGAUUCAACACCUCCACAACCCCAAAACCACUCUUUAUUCUCGCUGCAUUGCACGAAUCUCACAUCCAAGCAGGAGUAAUUUGUGCUAAAAAACAUGACUUGCUAAUGAGAAUCAGAAGUGGAGGUCAUGACUAUGAGGGGAGAUCAUAUGUAUCACACAUUGUCCCUUUCUUUCUCCUUGACAUGUUCAAUUUAAGGUCCAUUGAUGUCGAUGUAGCGACUGAGACUGCCUGGGUUCAGGCCGGAGCGACUCUCGGAGAAGUCUACUACAGAAUUAAUGAGAAAAACAGGAGUUGGGGGUUUCCAGCUGGUGUUUGUCCUACAGUUGGUGUUGGUGGACAUUUUAGUGGAGGUGGGUAUGGUAACAUGAUGAGAAAAUAUGGUUUAUCCGUCGACAAUGUUGUCGAUGCGCAACUGGUUGAUGCUCAAGGAAGAUUACUUGAUAGAGAAUCAAUGGGGGAGGAUCUGUUUUGGGCAAUCAGAGGAGGAGGAGGAGCUAGUUUUGGAGUAGUUCUUGCUUACAAGAUAAAAGUUGUCUAUGUACCAGAAGUUGUCACUGUCUUCAAUGUGACAAGAACACUAGAACAAAAUGCAACAGAUAUAGUGUAUCAGUGGGAACAAAUUGCACAUAAGCUUGAUGAAGACCUCUACAUCAGGCUUAUAUUAGAUGUUGUGAAGGGAAGACAAAGUGGCCGGAAAACGGUAAGGGCUUCAUUCAUAGCAUUAUUUCUUGGUGACUCAACUAGGCUUCUGAAGAUCAUGAAUGAGAGUUUUCCUGAACUGGGUUUGGCUCAAUCUGAUUGUAUUGAAGUGACUUGGCUUGAAUCAAUCCUGUUUUGGACAAGUUUCCCAAUUGGGACACCAAUAGAAGCUUUACUUAGCAGAGAUCCUCAAGUACUAACCCAUUUGAAGAGAAAAUCAGAUUAUGUGAAAGAACCAAUUUCCAAGGAGGGUUUGGAAGGGAUUUGGAAGAAAAUGAUUGAGUUAGAGAGACCACUAUUGGCUUUGAAUCCUUAUGGUGGUAAAAUGGCAGAGAUUCCAGCGACGGCGACGCCUUUUCCUCAUCGAGCUGGGAACUUAUGGAAGAUCCAGUAUGCAGCAAAUUGGGAAGAGGAGGGAACUGAAGCUGCUGAUAAAUAUAUAAACUUUACAAGAGAGCUUUAUAGUUACAUGACACCAUUUGUGUCCAAGAACCCAAGAGCUUCAUUUCUGGCUUACAGAGAUCUUGAUUUGGGUAUCAACAGUCAUAGUAAGGACAGUUUCUUAGGAGCUAGGGUUUAUGGGAUCAAGUACUUUAAGGAGAAUUACAAGAGGCUGGUACAAAUCAAGACCAAGGUUGAUCCUGGUAAUUUGUUUAGGAAUGAACAGAGUAUUCCUACUCUUCCAUCCGGGUUGUGCUCCACAUCUCAUCCAUUGAUGGGGAUAUUGUCCUCUGCAAUUGUUGCAGGGGACGAUUAUCCCAUAUGUGAAUUGGAAGAAGUUGAUCUACUUAGUUAAUUGCCUAAUUUUUAGGUCUAUGGAGUAGGUGUCUGCUUUGCUUUGAUGGCUUGAAUCAAUCACUAUUGUAU